AUGAGGUGCUUGUCAUUUGCUGGACAGUCUAGGUUUGCCGUCAAUGUGGUUUUGACUGCUCUUCUUAUCACGGAUCUUUGGCUCCCUGCUGCUGCUGUGAUUCAGUGUUGUGAUGGUUCUUGUGGCAAUAAUUGUUUGACAGUACGGGAGCUUGUCUUUUGGUAUGCUUGCGAAACUGGAACUGACUGCAGCACCUUACCUGAAGUGUGGGCAAGUCACCCCCGUGCUGAUUAUUGCUGCGGCCCAGUAGACGGUCCGCAUUAUUUGCCACUACCAAUUCAUGAUCCGGUUCUUGGGUUGAUCUUUCCUUCGUUCGUACCAGAUAUAGCAGACGUGUGCCUUUAUGGAGGUGCUUUCCAGUAUCCGAAUGGAGCAACACGAGAUAUCUGGUGCAAUGACAUGAGACAUUUUGCAUAUGCCGAAAAUGGUGCUACCCUGGCUUGCAAUCUAUGGGGCACAUUAGGUCCAGGACUAUUCUGUGGCACUGGUGACUAUGGAUUUUCUGGUGGAGACCCUCACUUCAAGACAUGGAUCGGAGAGUGGUAUGAUUACCAUGGCGUCUGUGACUUGGUGUUUCUUCAUGCUCCAGAUGCUGCUGGCGGGCUACGAUUGGAUAUUCACAUUCGCACCAAGGCCAGGUACGAAUAUUCCUACAUUACCAGUGCAGCUAUUCGUAUUGGCAAUGGGGAGGAAGAUGUACUGGAAGUUGCCAGUUGGGGUAACUACAUGCUUGGUGGAAUCCAGAAUGCGGAGCUACCUGGUCUGUUGGCAGACAAGUAUCCUGUGAUCUAUACUCGAGUGUCAGACAAGGAGCAUCGGUUCACAAUCCAGCUGGAUGAUGAUGAGACAGACGGAGAGAAGGUCGUGAUGACUGUCUUCAAGGAUUUGGUCAGCAUCAAGAUUGAGAAUUCCAGCUAUGAGUCCUUUGGCAGUUCCCGUGGAUUGCUGGGUGAUUUUCUCACUGGGGCAUUUGCAGCCAGAAACGGAACUUUCAUUCCCAGUGAUGAUCCCACUUCAUUUGCCGAGAGCUGGCAGGUCCAGGAAGAUGAACCCAAGCUGUUUCAGGAUUCUAAGCAGCAUCCCCAGCAUCCUGCCCAGUGCAUCCGCCCCGACCCUGCUGCAAAGGAUUCCCGUCGAUUGGGAGAAUCAGUUGCCAGGGAAGCUGCCAUUGCUGCUUGCUCCCACUGGGAACACCAGGAUGCCUGUGUUUAUGAUGUCAUGGCCACAGGAGACUUGGAUUUGGCUGAGGCCACUCCCUAUUAG